AUGUCCGCCAUCGGCACUCAGCUCGCCCCGGUCGUCGCCCCGGUCGUCGGGGCGCCCACCCGCCGGUCUAGACCCCGCGGCAUGCGCGUCGUCGCCAUGGGAGGUCGGAUGGACGGCACCGCAGGCUCGCUGUUCGGCGGGGGCAAGAAGAAGGCGGACGGGGCUAACCUUCCGCCUUCGGGGUACAGGUCCCGCACCGAUAUACCCAAGAUGCUCAACAACACCCCGCACCCGAGGGAGGUCAGGAAGUGGUUCUACGACGACUGCAGGGAGUCCGUGGUGGCGGCAGUGACUGGUGCGAACCCCAAGACGAGGGUCAAGGCGUUCAUCGAGUUCCCCGAGCUGAACGUCAACGGAGACGUGUACCGCAUCGGAACUCUCCUCGAGCUGGUUCGCGAGGUGGCGAUGGCGCUCGCCGCCGACGGCAAGCGCGUGAGAGUGUGCGUGCAGGGCUCCAUGGGACAGGGCGUGUUUCAGGGUCUGCCCUUAUCCCUAUCGGGCGUGGCCAGGAUCUUGGACAUGAUGGACUGGGGCGACGCGGAUGAGUUCAUCGCCCGAGGGUCCAUCGGCGGCGACGUCCCGCGACCCGACGACGCGUACUUCAUCCUCAUCUCCCCGCAGAACAUCGUGGGAUACAGCGUCCUGCCUUACCUGCAGGAGAUGGAGAAGGCGGCGGGGGACCGCCCGAUCAUCAUGAUCAAUCCCAAGCUGGGCGACAUACAGAGCGCGGGGAACGUCAUGAGCAUCAGGGGCCGGGGGGAGAGGCGGGAGUACGUCGAGAAGACGUGGGAGGAGGUGUACCACUUCAGGCUGCUGUACAAGAAACCGUUUUUCUUCCCGAUCUACGGCGCGCUGAGGUACGGCACCGGGGGUAUGUGGGAGCUGUACAAGAAAUUCGGAAAGAUGGAGCAGGAGGAGUGGAAGCUCCUGAGGACCUACGACGACGGCGAACCCGGCGCGGCGGAGAUUACCAAACGGAUCCUCGCGAAAGACUGA